UCUGAGCACCCCGGAGAUUAAAGCGAGGAAGCUGGACCAGCUCGGCAAGGACAAGCCGUCCGGCAAGGAUAAGCAGGGCAAGGAUGCGAAGGAGAAGCAGCAGACGGGAGGAGGCGGGAGUAAAGCCACCAGUGCCUCCUCGAUACCACCGCUGGCGCCUCACCGGCAACACUGCACCCAGGUCCGGACACGGAGGCUGAUGAAGGAGCUACAGGAGAUCAGGAGGUUAGGGGAUAACUUCAUCACGGUGGAGCUGGUGGAGGACAACCUGUAUGACUGGAACGUCAAGCUGCACCAAGUGGACAAGGACUCGGCGCUGUGGCAGGACAUGAAGGAGACCAGCACCGAGUUCAUUCUGCUCAACGUCACCUUUCCCGAUAAUUUCCCCUUCUCGCCGCCGUUCAUGCGGGUCCUGACACCCCGGUUGGAGAACGGCUACGUGCUGGACGGUGGGGCCAUAUGCAUGGAGCUGUUGACCCCCCGCGGAUGGUCCAGCGCCUACACGGUGGAGGCGGUCAUGAGGCAGUUUGCGGCCAGCCUCGUAAAAGGACAGGGGCGUAUAUGUAGGAAAGCAGGGAAGUCCAAGAAAGCUUUCAGCCGCAAGGAAGCCGAGGCCACCUUCAAGUCUCUGGUGAAGACCCACGAGAAGUACGGCUGGGUGUCUCCGCCCGUGUCCGACGGCUGA